CAUUGUUCAUCUUGCUGGAAGAUGACCGACGGCCCUUCCUUCGAACAACUCCGUGCGUCCCUGCUGGACCUGUCCCAGCCCAUGGGCAAGCGCACGCGUGCUGUGUUCUACCUGCGUACUCGCGGCGGGAAGGACGAAUUGAACGUUCUCCUGGAAGCGUUGCCCAACAAGAAGGACUCGGAGCUCAUGCGCCACGAACUGGCCUACGUAAUCGGUCAAUUCCAAGAUGAUGACGCGUGUCCAGUAUUGGAACGUGUGCUGGCGGACGUGGAAGACGAUUGCAUGGUCCGCCACGAAGCCGCGGAAGCGCUUGGAGCAAUUGGCAAUGCGUCAUCGAUUGAUAUUUUGGAACGAUUCUCCCACGACGAUGCACCUGAAGUCGCAGAAACUUGUGCAUUGGCCCUGCGCUUGGUGAAGUACAAGCACGACCCCACCGAAGUGAAUGAAGAAAUGGACCGCAACCCAUACUACUCGGUAGACCCCGCGCCCGCGAUGCAAAAGUCCAAAUCGACCGAAGAGCUCAAGGCUAUCUUGCUUGACACGUCGCGGUCCAUGUUUGAUCGGUAUCGCGCGAUGUUUUCCCUGCGCAACCGCAACACAGAAGACGCUGCCCUGGUAUGUCUUGCCCUUUGGAAUCGGCCUCAGUGGUCUCCGUCCGACGGACAGGCUCUGGCGAGCGCAUUCAACGACAAGAGCGCACUGUUUCGACAUGAGAUUGCGUACGUGAUGGGCCAAAUGGUCAACCCCGUGACGGUACCAGCUCUGAAGGAGGUGCUCGUGAACGAAGCAGAACACCGAAUGGUGCGCCACGAAGCGGCCGAAGCUCUUGGGUCUAUCGGCACCCCCGAAUGCGAGGAAAUCCUCCAGGUGUACUUGAAGGACGCCCAUCAAGUCGUCCGAGAGAGCUGUGAAGUCGCCCUGGACAUCAUCGACUACUGGGCUCACCCUGUCCAGGACAGUGUCGAGGCGUAAGAUCAUGAAGACAAAUCUAUUGAAUGUACCAAGCAAUGUUUGUAUGGGUGAAACCGCGAAGGACUUACUAAAUACGACCAAACUACAUGUGCUGAAUGUUAUGACGGCGCGAUGCGAUCAAGCUUCUCCAAGUCCGAGUCGAGCGCUCGUAACUCACGCCGGGCAAGCCAGCACGACGCGGCAAAGAAACGAGGGCCCAUCACGAUGGCCGCAACGUAUGUCGAGCUGAUGGCCUCAGUCGCGAAAGCCUUCUCUUGGUGCUGCCACCAACCGUGGAGAACUUCGCUCACUAACCACGUCGCGACGACAAGAAAACGGGUUGUCCAUUGUACAACGGCGGGUUCUCGACUCCAUAGAACGAGACUUGCUUCACCAAUGUACCCCACGGCAGCCAACUUGCACAUGUACUUGACGUAGUGCAUGCUAAUGACAAGACCUUCGCCAUCAAGCGUCGAGGAUGGGAGGACGUGGAGUUGCCACCACAUGACCACAGCAAGCAGCAUGCCCAACGUGACGAGAACUCCGCGCCACACUCGAGAUUGGGUGAUAUUCUGUUGGCGGAGCACGUGGAGAAGCUGGAUGUCAAUGGCGGCGGCUGCGGGCGACGUGGGUGGAGGAGGCGAGGUGCCCAUGGACGUGGGUACAUUCGAAUUCCCCCAAUUUCC